AUUGACAUAACAAACAAAUAUGGCUAAUGUUAGUAGUUGGGAAUUGGAGAUCAAAAGUUCAAUAGCUGCUUCAAAGGUCUUCAAUGAAUUCAUCCUCAAAUUUUUUGAAUUUCUAGCACAAAAUGUUAUUCCAAAAGAAUUUGGAAUAACGUUCACCACAUUGGAAGGCGAUGGAGGAGUUGGAUCCAUCAAACUCAUGAGCUUUUUGGAUGAUCAGUUUCCAAGUGUGAAGUACAAAGUAAAAGGAAUUGAUUUAGAGAACUUUACUUACAAUUUGGCGAUGAUUAAAGAGGAAAAUGGGAAUGAAUAUGAGUCAACUUUGAGUGAAAUGAAGGUAAUUUCGUCUACUGAUGGAGGUUGUGUGUUUAAGCAGAAGAAUAUUGAUUUUGAAGCAAUAUCUGAGGAUGAAAUCGAAACCCAAAAAGAACAACUCGCUCAAUAUUUUGAAGUUUUUGAAGCUAUUGUCAUUCAAGAAGAUUCUACUGAUUCUUAGCUUAAUUCUUUGUAUUUUGGCGCUUGAAUACAAUAUUGCUUUGGAUUCUUGAUUUGUUUUGGCUUCUAAUGUUGUUGAUAUGAAUAUUAUGAAAUUUAGUUGGGCUUUGAACACCAAAUUUCCCAA